AUGGUGAAAGGCACGAAGAGAAAGAUUGCGAUUGAGACGAUACAGAAGAGAGAUUCCCUUAGGGUUACCUGCACCAAACGCCGUAAAGGUCUCUAUAGCAAAGCCUCUCAGCUUUGUCUUCUCUCCGACGCACAAAUCGCUAUCUUAGCGACUCCUCCUUCUUCUGAAUCCGACGUCUCUUUCUACUCUUUCGGUCACUCCUCUGUUGAUGCCGUUGUCUCUGCUUUUCUCUCCGGAAAACGUCCUGUUUCGGCUCCGAAGGAUAACAAAGAGACGAGGGAGGACGUUGGUAUCUGUUUGACUCGCAAGAAUCUAGGGUUAGGGUUUUGGUGGAAUGACGAGAGCCUUGUGAGAUCGGAGAAUCCUCAAGAGAUUAGUGAAGCGAUCGGUUCCAUGUGGACUCUGUUGAGUAAUCUCAAGGAGUUGCGUGCGGAUGAAGCUUGCGUUAACGAUCACAAGGACUUGAAGAAGAAUGAGAAGAGCGAUGUUCACGGAACUCAAGAUCAAACCCUAAUUUUUCAGUCCGCUUCUGCAGUUUGUUGCAUCCCUGAAAAUCUCAACGAUAUUACUCAAGAGCCAAAUCAAACCCUAGAUAUUCAGUCCAGUAGUUCUGCAAUCUGUUGCGUCCCUGAUAAAUCACCUGAAAUUUUCAAUGAAAUCACUGAAGAACAAGAUCAGAUUCUCUCGAUUUGUGAAACUUUUUGUGUUACGGAUAAUAACAACAACAACAACAACAACGCUGCUUUACCUGAAGUUAACCUAUAUUACAAUCAAGACAUGGCUAUUGAUCAACUCAUUGACUUCAACACCCCUUUUGAAAGCUCGAUAGAUGAUUGGUUUUCGGACAACACUACUCAUCAGGAGACGACUAGUGCAAGUAUUUUGAACGAUGUUGGUGUUGAUGAUCAAGUCUCGGUGGAUACAAAUCCGUUUUCUUAUUUUCAAAGCCUUGAAGAUGCAGAUUUGGUGUUUCAGAGAUGUUUGGAUGGAGAUAAUCUACGAUUCUCUGAUUGUUUCAAUGACUUUGCAAACACUAUUGCAGCAGUUUGA